AUGCAAUCCAAGUCAAUAGAGUUUUGGCAGUUGGAAGACGAUUAGUUGGAAAUAUUCCUGUAACUUGCGCAUUUGGGGAAGUUUUUAUUUUCUGUAGUUGGAACUGUUGCAUCCUUACCAUGCCAGAAGAUUAAUCGCAUCACUUCAAUAUUCAAAGUUAUCAUCUUUGAGACUAAUGGAUGUGAUCAUCUUUUUGUGUUAUAUCUGCUAGAAAAUUAAAAAAGCUUCCACCCAUCCAAAUCAAACCAUGCCUGGUCUUCAUGAUUCAGGUUCUGUCUUAAACCACAGUUUUAAUUUCAAUACUUUCGAAGUUUUGGUUUAAGAAAUAUUAACUCUGUCCUACUGUAAUUUGCUUUCUGAGAAUAGAUAAAAAUGAUGGCACAACAGGAGGAAACAUCCUGUCCUCCAAGAAGGCUGCUAAAGAGCAUAUGCAGCAGUUACAGAGACUUCAAGACAAGGUGAUUUCUUCUGACUCUUCUUACCUCCUGUUUACGUUGUGAAGCAACAUAUUGCUCUUAUUAAUUCGGUCUGAUUUGAAGUCAUAUUUGGGCCCAAGAGACAAAGAAAAAUACUUUUCUUCUUCUCCUCUUCUCCCCUCGUCAAAGUUUAACCGUCCAUAAUGGUUACAAUUUUUCAAUGCUUUGUACUGUGAUAGAUUAUGCUGUUCCCUCACAAGAAUGGUCAGUGAGCAAUUCACAGCAAAAAGAGUGUCUAAGAAAUCUAAGAGAUCAUGAAUUUCUGAAGCUUUGUUUCGUAAACAACAAGAAGAGAAAUUCUCAAUUGCAUAUAAUACCUUGGUGAUCUAAUUUACAAUUUUUUUUUCUAUUCUUAAAAUUCGAUGUUUUAAUUGACUGCUGAUUUGAUGUAGACCCUAAGAACUCUGUCCCUGUGAAUGUAGUUGAUUUGCCCUUCUAUGGACUUAGCUGCUCCCUAUUUCUUUCAUGACCACAAAGUUCAUGCUUGAAAUUUGUCCCUUUUUAUAAUAUUUCGUUUCUUCUUAACGCUUUUCUGUUGAUCUGAAAAUUAUCAUUUUUUACCCUUCAGGAUCCAGAAUUUUAUCAGUUUUUGAAAGAUUACGACAAAGAUCUCCUGGAAUUCAAUGAUGAAGAUCUUGAUGUGGGUAAAUCUUAUGUUUUUAUGGUUGAUUGCUUUCUAUGAGUGAUCUAUGAAAAUAAUAUGAUCUGUUUUUCAUUCUAAUGGCAGGAGGAAGGGGAAACUGAUAUUGUGGAGAUCGAAUCUCAGGUACGAGCUUCCUUGGGCCCAUAUGAAUUCCAAUCAUUGUUUCUCUACGUGGUUGAGGGGUAAUGCCUUUUGUUCAUUUUCAUUUCAGGAUGCUGAAACUGGCUUGGAUGGAGACGAAUCACAAUAUACUAAAGAAGUCGUGCCUAAGCCAUCAGGAAAGGUCAUUACAACUGCAAUGGUUGAUUCCUGGUGCACAGAAAUUAAGGAUCAUAGACUUAGUGCCAUACGUUCUUCAUUACGGGCUUUCCGGGCUGCCUGCCACUAUGGUGAUGAUGAUUCCAGUGAAACCUCAAGAUUGGAUAUUGUAUCUAGCAGUGUUUUCAAUAAAAUAAUGGUUCUCGUUCUCACUGAGAUGGAUAAGGCACUUAGAGAACUAUUGAAAUUUCCUACCUCUGGAGGAAAGAGGGAAACUGUACUGGAUCUCAUGCAUACUAAAUUGUGGAAGAAAUAUGGCAACCUAGUGAAGUUAUAUCUUGGUAAUACUCUCCAUGUGUUGAAUCAAAUGACAGAUGAAGAGAUGAUCUCAUUUACUCUAAAACGAAUUAAAUGCUCAGCUGUAUUCUUGGCUGCAUUUCCAGUGCUUUUGAGGAAGUUUAUCAAGGUACAGUGUCUACAGUACCUUAUUAUGGUGAAAGUUUUUUUUACUGAUGCAUUAUUUAUUCUCUUGUGUAGAAUAUACCUCUGCAUUCUAUCUCAUUCUUUAUUGCAUUUUGCAGGUUGCACUUCACUUCUGGGGUACUGGGGGAGGCGGUCUUCAAGUUGUGUCCUUUUUAUUUUUGAGAGACGUGUGUGUUCGGCUUGGUACUGAUUGUUUAGACGCCUGUCUAAGGGGUAUGUAUAAGGCUUAUGUUAUGAACUGUAAAAUUAAAGGGAAAUAUGCAAGUGCCUCUAAACUUCAACACAUUCAGUUUCUUGGAAAUUGUGUUGCUGAACUUUGUGGGGUGGAUCUAUCAAGUACAUAUCAGAAUGCAUUCAUCUACAUCCGCCAAUUGGCAACCGUUCUACGGGGAACCCUCACUGAGAAGCCCAAUGUAAAUCUCAAUGGAAAGAAUAAAGGAAAAUCUAGAAAGACGAGCACAACUGAAACUGGAAGCAAGGUAAUUUCCACUCCUGAUCUGUGAAAGUCAAAAUAAUGGUCGAAGAAAAAUAUUUGCAUUUUUUUUCCUUCGUCAGAUUCCUCCCACAUUAAAAUGGAUUUCCGUCGAGAAAAAUGUUGAUAACAGAUAUGAGGAAAAGUAAGAAAAUGUGUUUGCUCUUUUAUCAUGUAGUCCUGCUUAUCUUUGUUUGCACUUGUGAUGAACUUUUCACUGUGGCUUAUUUAUUAGCAGAGUUUAUUGUGUGCCAAUUAAUCACUUUGUCGUGGUUAGGGUCAUAUGAAGCCAUAACCUUUUCAUGCUGACACCUGGUAUUUGCUGAGCUGGUUCCAAAACUGACAUCAACAAUAUCCUGACCUUGGCAUUUUAGUAUGGAUUAAAUUUUAACACUUCUACGCAGUUUGCUGACAAUAGUUAUAGUGUUCCUUUGUUUGUAAUGUUUCAUACCGAAAGAUAUGCUAAGACUUUUUCUCAUGAAUUGGUUUCUUCAUUGAAAGCUAAGUUUUCUGUAUGUAUAGGUUUUUGACGUGGUUCUAUACUAAUACUCGAGAUCAUUUUAUGUUGGAAUUACGUUUCCCAACCUCGUUUAUUGGAAUGUGUGGGCGUUUGGAUGUGCAUGGACGCGGUGGGGUUUGUGUGCUUGGAAAGGGGGGCGUGUUUGUGUGUUGCAUGGAGAUGUAGAACGACUCUCCUAAUAAUGGACUAAACUUGAGCACAAUCUUGUCUUCUCUAGUUGUUAACUACUCAUGUGAGUAUUAGAUGAUUUUUUGUAUUAAUGCACGGUUAAAAUGGAAGAAUCCUAGCGCAGUUACGGGCUGCGAUUCGUAGGGUAUCAACAACGGAGUAUGUCAACUUUGUUGGAGGCUGUUGGAGACGAGAUUCCAUUGCCUCUGCAUAUGUAUUUCGAAUUUAAUUUAUUCUUUUGGAUUUCAAAACCCUAGAAAUUUUGUACCCCUGUUCCUUCGUGAUUUAAAUCAUGCACUUACUUUGCUACUCAUUUUGCCUUCACUGGUGUUUUCACUUUUCCUCUUAAGUCUUAUCUGUCUGACCGCAUCAUUCCUCGUAUUUCUUAUCGUGGGAUGUGGAUGGCAAAUACCAAUUCAUGAAUUUGCGUAAAAAAUGUAGUGAAUUUUAUUGCAACAAGUGGACUUCAUCUUGCUUUUCAUUGUUCUAAUACUAUGUAUUUUUUAACUACAUAUAUGGAUUGCUAUACGGUGACAACCACGUCAAACGCAAUAUACUGUGUAGAGUUUAAGUUUCUUUAAGUUUACAUGUGGAUUUUAGAGACAAUUGCAAUACAAAUUCAAGUGUUGAGCAAUAUUCGAUUCGUAGUUCUAUCCAUGAACAGUGUAAUGGGCUGAUUUGAACCAAAUCAGCAAUACCUUGUCUAGUUUGAGGAGAUGAUGAAAUUAAGGUAAGCUUUGUAUAAAUGCGUCUAUGUGAGAGAUUAUUACCCCCUUUUGAUUACAAAUGAUUGGAUUUUAAUUUUAAUUAUUCUUGAAUAGUUUUUAUGAAAACAUUGUUGGUCCCUAGAUUGUAUUUGAACAUGAGAGCUAUUGUAUGCCAACCUUGGAUUCACCUCUUAAGAAAUUUACAUAUUUUGCCUGAAUUUAACGACAUUUGAUCUAUCAUGUAAUGGGUCGUUUUUCCAGGGAAAAAACGCUCAUUUAUAUGUUUUUUUAUAUCGUUUCAGGCUACAUGUCUGUUGCUGUGAACUGUCUAGCUAAUACAUCAAUUGGCAUGUUGUACACUUUUUUAUCUGACGACUUCAAACCGUCUGGCAUUGUUUUCCAGAAGGCAUACUUGAAGGUUUACGACUGGCAGUUCCUAUGCUGCCUCGAGCUUUGGACCGGAGUAGUUUGUGCCUACAGUUCAGACCCUGAUUUCCGACUUCUGGCAUACCCACUGACUCAAAUAAUCUUUGGGGUGGCGCGUUUAGUGCCCACUGCACGCUAUUUCCCAAUUCGACUGCGCUGUGCAAGAAUGCUGAACCGGAUCUCUGCUUCCACUGGUAGCUUUAUUCCAGUCUCCCUUCUCCUACUCGACAUGUUGGAAAUGAAAGAACUGAACAACCCCCCUGUCGGAGGAGUUGGUAAAGCAGUAGAUUUGUUUACAAGGAAGCUGGUAGGGUCAUCUUUAAUCUGCUCUCGUUUUGUUUCCUUCGAUCUGUUUUUGUGAGCUUAUAAAAGGCCACGUACUCAAGGUCUGGAAAUGGCGGACAUGUGAUAGGUUGGAAAGCCGACACUGAAGACCCGGGGUUUCCAGGAGGCAUGUGUGCAUGCUGUGAUCGAGCAGCUGGCGGAGCAUCUCGCGCUAUGGAGCUACUCUAUAUCAUUUUUUGAGCUGUCCUUUGUCCUCAUUGUUCGCUUGCGGAGCUACUGCAAAACCACAAAUAAUGAUAGAUUCCGGAAGGAUGUAAGGGAGCUCAUCCGCCAGGUAUAAUAACACCGUCUCGAACACAUAGCCGUCACUUCAAGCUUUGCCCGGCUGCUAAGACUCAGAUUUCUUUCGCAGGUGGAGGCCAGUGUAGAGUUUGCAAAUGCUAAGCGUGGAAGCUCGGAGUUAUCACCCAACAGCCCUUCUGUAGAAUCUUUUCUUCAGGUUCGUUUCACUAGUGCUGUUUAAUUUAUUUUUCUGGUCUCGAUUCUGCACCGCACCCCCGUUAAAGGGAAUGGGAACAGAUCAUAAGAAAAGCCUAUUAAACAGAAGCUGGCUCUUGUCCAUAGGCUGAAAAGGAAGCUGGCAUCAGCCCGUUGUCCCAGUUUGUUGCAGAGCUUCGUCUGAGGGCCCAACAGAGGAGUGAUUCUCUGGCAAAAUCGAGGUCCGUCUAUUGUUACUUGAUGGCAUAAUUACCUGGAUAUUGUCUGAAACCUUGUUGGUAUCGAUUAACUGCACCCGAGUAGUGGCUCACUCACCCCUUCUGGGGCUCUUCCUGAAUUUUAUAAUUAAUUAUCUUAUUUAUGUUCCAUGGAAUAUGCCACUGUGGGGAUUUUAAUUUAUUGGUCUUAUUCAGUGUUCUUCAUGAGUUUUGGCCCCCCAGUGUCUGAUCUCCCUAUGCCUUGAUUUUCAGUGUGCUUGUGGGUGCAAAAUCUGCAAUAUUUAGGCGCAAGGUGUCUGGCGGCGAUGGAGAUGACGAUGACGAUGACGAUGCAACCGACGAGGAUUCAGCCGAUGAAGCUGGCGCCGAAGUCUUCAGCUCUUCUUGGUUGCCCAGCCCAAGGUACUGACUGACUGACUGACUGACUGACUCAUUCCCUUCUUCUCCGCCAUCCUCCCCUCCUCUUCUUUUUCUACCUUAUUCAGAUCAAGCUUUUGGUUUGCAGUGCGGGCCUGGCGAAGUCUCAGAAGCCGAAGCAGCAGCAGCAGCAGCAGGCGAGGAAGAAGAGUAGCAGGGUUUCUGGAGUCGCUCUGGAGGACGACGUGGUGGAAGAUCUGAUCCUGAGCUCCGACGACGACGAGGCUCCUGAAGGGGACUUGCUAUCCGAAGAUGAGGAUCGUGAGCCUGACGAUCCUGACAUCGAAAUGCCCAGCAAGAAGAGAAAGAGGCCAUCUGCUCCAUAUCCGAGCAAGGGCAAGGGCGGACCCCGUUCCAAGAAGAUGAACAGAAGGAAAAGUCAAAAGGUUUGA